AAUUUCUUUUUCUACAUAUAAAACCUUUCUUCUUCUCUCCCCCCAAAUCUUUUUCCUCUCCAUUUUCUUAACAAAAAACCAUCUCUCAAAACACACAUAAACAUACUUUUUUUAAUAUAACAACAAUAAAAAUAAUAAUAAAUCUAGGGUUAUAAUAUUAUAUGGAUCCCCAUCUUCAUCACCAUCAACAUCAUCUUCAACAACAACAACAUCAAUUUAGUCAUCAAAGUGUGAAUAUUGAUACAACAAGUGGAGGUGUUAAUAUUGGAGGAGGAGGAGGGGAUAGAUUCCCUCAAUGGAGUAUUCAAGAAACAAGAGAUUUCUUGAUGAUUCGAGCGGAGUUGGAUCAAACUUUCAUGGAAACAAAAAGGAAUAAGCUUCUAUGGGAAGUCAUAGCAACAAAGAUGAAAGAAAAAGGUUACAAUCGUAGCCCAGAACAGUGUAAAUGCAAAUGGAAAAAUCUUGUUACGCGUUAUAAGGGAUGUGAGACAGUUGAACCGGAAGCUCUAAGACAACAAUUUCCAUUUUACAAUGAGUUGCAAGCAAUUUUUGCAGCUAGGAUGCAAAGAAUGUUAUGGAUAGAGGCAGAAGGUGGUGUAGGAGGAGGGGCUAGCGGGUCGAAAAAGAAGGCUAUUUCUUCUGAUGAAGAGGAAGAAAAUGAUGAUAGUGAUGGAGAAAAAGUUGGCAAGAAGAAAAGAAAGGUUAAGGGAAGUAUGAUGGUUGGUAGUUCAAGUGGUAAUAAUAAUAAUAAUUUAGUGAGUAGUUUAAAGGAGAUUUUGGAUGAUUUCAUGAAGCAACAAAUGGUAAUGGAAAUGCAAUGGUUAAAAGCUUAUGAAGCAAAAGAAGAAGAGAGGAGGAUAAAGGAGAUGGAAUGGAGACAAACAAUGGAGGCUUUAGAAAAUGAGAGGCUAAUGAUGGAAACAAGAUGGAGAGAAAGGGAAGAACAAAGAAGGAUGAGAGAAGAAGCUAGAGCUGAGAAGAGGGAUGCACUUAUCACAACUCUUUUGAACAAGCUUAGAAGAGAAGAUCACAACAUGUAGGGGCCGGUGUACGUAUCGUCACACCUUUCUAAAACAGUCAUCAUCAUCUAUAACAAUAUUUCAUUAUAACAAUCAAGUUUUUUUCUUCUUCUUCUUCUUUGGAACUGUUUUUUCGUAUCAUACUGUUAUAGAGAGGUUUGAUUUAUGUAUUUUAGAAUAUAACUAAUAUUAGCUACCUAGGAGAUUAGACUAACUCUUUUUAUCAUCUUCAUUAAAUGUUGGCUGAUGUUGCUCUUUGGGAUAUAGUUAGACAAACAAGAAGCCCCUUUGAUAACAAGUCUUUAUUUUUAGUUCCAUGCAAUUCAUGUCUCUUCUUCUCUUUAGUUUGUUAGUUAUAAAAUUUCUCAUCUUUAUGUGCUU